CAAGAAAUAGAAAUAAAUAGCAUCAUAAUUACAGGAGAGUGUAUUGUACUGUUUUCACUAUCCAUCACUAGAGUUAGACUCUACUCUCUCUGUACUGCAUACUUGAGUGAGUCACAAUGUCCAAAAACAGAGAAAAUAAUGCCAAGAGAAAGCUUUCCUUUCAACCAAAACCUGAGGAAAAAGAAGAAGAUUGGUGCUUUGAAUGCAAGGAUGGUGGACAACUAGUUUUCUGUGAUCACAAGAAAUGUGGUAAAGUUUAUCAUCAAGACUGUCUUGGAAAGGAUGAAUCUUUUUUUGAUACUGCAAAAUCUUGGGUUUGUGCUAGGCAUUAUUGCCUCAACUGCAUUAAACCCUCAAAGUUCUGUUGCCUUGGCUGUCCAAAUUCUGUAUGCAAAAAGUGUGUUUCUACUUCGGAAUUUACAGUAGUUAGAGGUGUUCAAGGGUUGUGCUGCGACUGUGUGAAGAUAGUAGAGAUUAUAGAACAAAAUUUGGACCAUGACUCUGAGGGGACCAAAAUAACUUUGGAUGACAGAGAAACAUAUGAAUGUCUAUUCAAGGAAUACUGGGAAAAUGUUAAGGUAAUCGAAGGAUUGACCGAUGAUGAUAUCUCGUCUGCACUGUCCAACUAUAGAAAAGGUAAAGAUGUUGUGCUUCUUACAAGUAGCAGUGAAGGUGAAGAAGAAAAACAAAAUGACUCCAACACUAAUGAAGAUUAUAGAGAUAUGCAUAGGCGGACCAAACGGAAGAAGUACAAUUCAAUGACAUUCGUCGGAUGGGCAUCAGAACCUCUCUUUAGCUUCCUUGCAUCCAUUGGGAAAUAUAAAACAGAACCAAUGACACAAUGGGCUGUAAGAACUCUCAUAUUUGAAUACAUUAAGAAGAAAAAUCUUUAUCACCCGAAAGACAAAAGGAAAUUCCUCCCUGAUCAAAAGUUAUUUCCUAUAUUUAAAAAGAAAACUAUGUCGAUAAAUCAGAUAUAUUCUCGACUGGAGUUUCACUUUGCAAAAGAAUUGGAUUAUUCGGCCAGGGAGAAAACUCAAGGUCAAAACGAAAACAGUUCUGCAGACAAGUCUAUAGAUGAUCAGACAUGUAUGGAAAGAAAAUUAUCGAACUUAAUAGCAAAACCUCUUUUGAAAAAAGGAGAUUUGUUUAUAAAAUCUGGAUGUUUUGCAUCCAUACAUGCCAAUAAUAUAGCGCAUGUCUACCUUAAACGAAGUUUGGUGCUAGAGUUGUCUAAACGGGCCAAAAGCUUUGUGAGUAAGGUUGUUGGAACCUUUGUUAGAGCAAGAGUAAAUUCCAAUGAUCAUAAGCAAAGAAAUUCAUAUCAUCUUGUGAGAGUUCUAGGUGUUAUACAUGACGAAAUGUCUAAUGGAAUACUCUUGCAAGUUUCCUUCGUACCUAAUGCCAUUCCCAUUUCUGAGCUCUCCGAUGAUGACUUCACAGAGCAAGAAUGUGAGGAUUUGCAGCAAAAAGUGAAAGCCAAGUUGCUACCAAAAUUAAAUGUUGGUGAUCUUCAAGAGAAGGCUACAAGUCUUCACAAGGAUAUAACAAAACAUUGGAUUGUGACACGCCUUGUCUAUUUGCGAGUUCAAAUCGAGCGUGCGAAUCUCAGAGGACGUACAAAAGAAAAAAUUGCAUUACUAGAAGAAAGAGAAGAGCUUGAACAACCAUGGAAACAAGAACAAUUGUUGAAGUGUAUGCCAACAGUUUUCCCCGAGUUUAUGGAGGCGAAAUAUAACGAAACUGAUGAAGACGACGGGGAAACAGAGAGUCAGGAGGACUAAUGACUCAUCAUCAUCUUCUUGAUGUGGUAGUGUAGUCAGUUUUUCCUAAGUUAGAAACUAAAAAACUUAUAUCAACUAACAAGAUACUAUUCUGAAAUUAAAUAGAACUAAAAAAGUAACUGAAAAGUUGAUGUAUUUGACUUUACUUUUUAAUUAUGCAUGAACUUUUAAUUACUAUUUUUGUUUA